AUGACCAUUGUCCCAGAAGAUAUAGAGAUCAGUGAAGUGGAAGAAACACUGGAAACUAUUAAGUCUUUAGGACGGGUGCGUGUCCGUGGGAGAAACUUCAGUGCAAGACUAAACCGACGAAUGGUUUUGUGUGAGAGUAAAGAGACUGUGCGAGAGGACAGUGUUCCUUCUGAAGUGAUGCCUAUUGAUGGUGGAGAGGCAUGGCCUGUAAUCAUCUUAGGAGGGUCACCUGAAGCUGCUGAAGAGUUCAAUAGCAAAUUAAAAGGGUUGUUGCAGGCAGAAGGAAAAACCAUGGAGGAUCUCAAAUCAUUAUUCCCCAGUACAACCCCGCCCACUAGCUCCACUGAAUCCAUCCUUCGCGCUGUCGGAGAUUUGUUGGAAAAGACAACCAAACCAGCUGAUGGAGGGAGUUAUGGUCGACUACGCAUGUUUUCGGGAGUCCUACCAACGCCGCCAGGGGAGGAAUCAUUUGAUAAUUGGCUAGAGCAGGCAUCGCUUAUGGUGGAGGAAACUGAAUGCUCAGAUAGAGAAAAAAGACGCAGGAUUAUUGGAAGUUUAAAAGGGCCCGCACUAGAAAUUGUGAAAGCAGUGCGGCACACCAAUCCUGACGCCAGCCCAAAAGAGUGCUUAGAAGCCCUUGAAAGUGCUUUUGGAAGUGCUGAGUCCGGAGAUGAUCUCUAUUUUGCUUUCCGUUUGAUGCAACAGCAAAAAGGAGAGAAACUAUCAGAUUUUCUUCGACGUCUAGAGAGGUCACUAGUUAAAGUGAUUCAAAGAGGUGGCCUCCCUGCUAGCAGCAAAGAUCAAGCCCGAUUGGAGCAACUGCUGAGGGGUGCUAUUGCCUCAGACCUGAUGCUGAUCCAGCUGCGGUUGAGAGAAAGGAGAGCUACACCCCCAAAUUUUUUACAGCUGUUGACUGAGAUUCGUGCUGAGGAAGAGUACGAAACUUCUAGAAAGAAGCUCAGUGCCUCAGUGCAUCAAGUGCAUGCUAAUACAGAAGUGGAUACCAGGCAAGCUGAGAUUCAAAACUUAAAGGCUGAAAUAAAAGAGCUAAAGUCAAUGGUGGCAGCAGUAGUGACCAAAACCACUCAUGACAAAGAUGAUUACAUGGAGCUUAAAUCCAUUAGUGCACCACCUGUUGUUGAGAACCGGCAAGAUGCUGAGCUGGCUGCCUUAAAAAACAAUUGA